GUCCUAGGGCUGGUGGACCUGGUCGCUCUGGAGAAUGGUGAGCUGGGGCCUCUGCUGUCUCCUGGCACCCUACGGGGUUUGGAGGACGAAUGCGUCACAGAUGUGAAGGCUCAGACUCGGGCAGCCCUGCUUCGUGUGCUCCAGGAGAAUGAAGAGCGUUGGGGGGCCGUUGAGGACCAGCCCAGCAGCCUGGCCCAGGAUGUGUGUGAGCUGCUGGAGGAACACACAGAGCGUGCCCCCCGCAUCAGCCAGGAGUUCGGGGAGCGGAUGGCUCACUGCUGCCUGGGAGGCCUGGCGGAGUUCCUGCAGAGCUUCCAGCAGCGCGUGGAGCGCUUCCAUGACAACCCAGGAGUCCGGGAGCUUCCGCCUGACACCUACAUCAGCAGGACCAUAACGCUGGUCAACUGUGGGCCACCCCUGCGGACCCUGGCUGAGCGACUGGCACGAGUGGGGCCCCCUGAAAGUGAGCCGGCCCGGGAAGCAGCAGCCAGUGCUCUGGACCGAGUGACCCGGCUCUGCCACCGAGUCCUGGCAGACCUGCUCUUCCAGGAGCUGCAGCCCCACUUCAACAAGCUGAUGCGGAGGAAAUGGCUGAGCAGCCCUGAGGCCCUGGACAGCAUCGUGAGUACGCUGGGCGCCCAGGCGCUGGCGCUGCGCCGGAUGCAGGACGAGCCCUACCAGGCGUUGGUAGCCGAGCUGCACCGCCGGGCCCUGGUCGAGUACGUGCGGCCCCUGCUCCGUGGGCGCCUACGCUGCCGCUCGGCCCGAACCCGCAGCCGCGUGGCCGGGAGGCUGCGGGAGGACGCGGCGCAGCUCCAGAGGCUGUUCCGGCGGCUGGAGUCGCAGGCCUCGUGGCUGGACGCGGUGGUGCCUCAUCUGGCCGAAGUCCUGCAGCUGGAAGACACGCCCAGCAUCCAGGUGGAGGUGGGGGUGCUGGUGCGGGACUACCCCGACAUCAGGCGAAAGCACGUGGCGGCCCUCCUGGACAUCCGAGGUCUCCGCAACGCCGCCGCGCGCCACGAGAUCCUGGCGGUGGCCCGCGACCUGGAGCUGUCUCAGGGGGGCGCGCUGGCCGCCCCCCGGGACCGGGCUUUCUUCGCCGACAUCCCGGUGCCACGGCCGCCCUUCUGCCUCGGCCUCCCGCUGCUCCUCGGCCGCCUGCCCCUCUCCCGGCUGUCCAGGCCCCGGCUGGCCUGUCUGCCAAGGCCUCGACCCCCGACUUCACUUCGACCCCGGUCCCAGCCCUGAGAGCCCCCCAAGCCUCCUGUCCACCUCCGAGACCCCAUCUUUGCUGCUGACAACCCCCCUCCCAUUCCUGACCCCCCUCCUGA